UAGUAGUUAAGUUGCACAGUUUGUGGAGUGCAUGUUUGGUUUUACUGAUUGUGGUCUAAACACCUCAAGCUGUAGUGGAAAAAUGGUAAAAGGCGGAAAGCGUCAUUUUUCAGUGAGCACUGAUUGCAAAUGGUUUGCUCAUCCAGGUUUAUCAGAAAAUGAGACAAAGACUGGAGAGAACUGUACAAGCACUGGGAUCAUGCUGACUCAAGUGAAGUCAUCGUUGCCUCAGGCUUUAAACUUUCAACGCUAUCCUAAAUGGAAAAGUCAGCAGAAAUCCAGAGAGUAUCCCUUCUCAGACCAUGACAACAAGCACGCCUUAAAAGACGACGUCAUUGUAUUCUCUCAUAGUGUGGGAAGAAGGAAGUGUCUUGAUGAUCGCAGACAGCAUAUCUCCCGUUUCUGCCUGUGCCAUGGUGGAACUGACAAUAGCACCAAAGAGACUCGAGGGAACGCCACAGCCUACCAGAGUGACUUCAUAGUGAAGGAGGUUGUUGAUUCUGCAUCCAGAAACCGGCGCUUCCCUCACAACCACAGGCAGAAGUCUGCAGAGGCAGCUUUGGCACAGGCGGGGGAGACGUUUAUGUGGUUCGGACGAGACGAUUCUGACCAGUCUGACACCCUGCAAGUGCUGGCAGCUACCAACUGCUCAACACCAUCUAAGCCUUAAGAUAUUCUUACAUUUAAUGCCCAGAUGGCAUCAUUAGGGGGCCAUAGCAUGCACAGAGCUUCCUUCACUUGCAUAUGAGCUGUAAUCCAUUAAAAAUUGUGAACCAAGA